AUGGACGAAUUCCUGUCCACCCCUCAGGACACACGAUCUGCCUGGUUCCUGGACAAAAUGGUGCCGGCAUCCCCGGGCGCAGAAAGAAUUGCCAGCUCCGCGCAAGGCUCACAUAGGGGGGAGACCCUCAGACAAAUUUCGUCGGCCCUAGCUGCGAUAUCCGCUAACAUGCUCUCCCGAACAGACAAAGCGGAGAUGCUGGCUGAAAUAAGAACGGCGAUACGCGAGGAAGUCAUGGAGGUGCGGAGAGAUCUUACUGACCUGGAGCGCAAG